UCAGGCGCAGAGGGAAACUAACGGCGGAAUUUGCGUCGGAGCCGCGGCCGAUGGCUUCCAAGCAGCAGGCGGAGGGUCUGGCCGAGUACCUGAACUGCCCGAUCUGCCUGGAUCUGUUCGCCGAGCCGGUAAUCCUGGAAUGCGGCCACAACUUCUGCCAGGGAUGCAUCCGGCGCUACUGGGAGGACAGCGAGGCCAGCUCCUGCCCCGAGUGCAGGGAGGUUUUCCAGGAGAGGAGGCUACGCCUGAACCGGGCGCUGGGGAACUUGGCGGAGCGGGCUCGCAGCCUCUUCCAGCAGCAGGAGGAGCAGAGGCAGCUCCCCUUCUACUGUGGGCAGCACCGAGAGGAGCUGAAACUGUUCUGUGAGACAGAUAAGGAGCUGAUCUGUGUGAUGUGCCUGGACAGUAGAGAGGGUCAGAGUCACCGCUCCCACAACUUCAUGCUCAUCAGUGAAGCAGUGGAGAUGUACAAGGAAAAGCUAAAAUCCCUAUCCGACAUUCUCUGGGCCAAGUCCACGCUCCUGGAAGCUAAACUAGCGCAGAAGCACGUUUUAGAGGUUGGGGAUCAGACGAGCCAGCUGCAGGAAUUCAUCACGUCCGAGUUUGCGAAGAUGCACCAGAUCCUCAUGCGAACGGAGAAACGGUUGAUUUUGGAGCUGAAGGAGAACGUGGAGAUUAUCUCGGACAAGUUGGAGAGAAACCUGCUGGACAUCCAGCAGAACCUGAAUAACAUCCAGGAAAAGCUGUCGAGAUCGCAGACCCAGCUGGACCAGGAAGACACCAUCGCCUUCCUAAAGGAUCAAGCUGAACAACAGAUGAGCGAGGACUCAGGCCAGCUUCUCCUGGUCGCUGACCGCUUGCCAAUGGGAAUAUUCCGAGGACCUUUGCAGUAUACUGCCUGGAAGGAAAUGGCAGAGAGCAUCAGUCCAGUUCCAGCAUCAGUGACACUGAACCCUGAGACAGCUCACUCAUGGCUCCUCAUAUCAGAAGACCUGACCACUGUCAGAUACGCAAACAAACAGCAAGAGCUCCCUGACACCCCGGAGAGGUUCAACCCUUCACUCUGCGUGCUGGGCUCCCAAGGAUUCAUGUCAGGGAGACACUACUGGGAGGUGGUGGUGGGAGACAGCUCCGAGUGGGACCUGGGAGUGGUGAAGGAAUCCAUCAACAGGAAAGGGGACAUCACGGCCAUUCCGCAAGCUGGCUAUUGGAUCGUCUGGCUGAGGAACGGCAAUGAUUACAAGGCAGGCUCAGUGCCUCGCACCCCCCUCAAGCUCCACACCAGGCCCCGCAAAGUUGGGGUCUAUCUGGACUACGAGGGUGGCCAGGUUUCCUUCUACAAUGCAGACGACAUGUCCCACCUCCACACUUUCACUGACCUGUUCACUGAGAAACUUUAUCCCUUCUUCAGUCCCUGCUUGAGUGGGCAUGGGGAGAGCUCGGAGCCACUGAAAAUCUGCCAGUCCAGAUUUCAUUAG